AUGGAGGUCGAAGCUUAUUUCUUGGCUAAGGAAGAUGGGACUUUUGCUGGAACUGCUAUUGCCCAGAUGAUUUUUGAACAAGUUGAUCCCUCUCUGAAGGUGCUGACGGGUGGAGGGAAGAAUCAUAAGAUGGGAUUAUUUGACAAGGUGAUGAUAAAAGAUAAACAUCUAGCUGCAGGAGGUAUCGUAGACCAAAAAGAUCUCGAAAUGGACUUGGGGGAGACACAGAUGCUGGAGGAAGUGAAGGAUGUGUGUGUUAGUGGAUCCAAGUCUCGGCCAGAGCUGGUCCCAAUUAGAAACGGGAUUUGCAAGUUUGUGCCAGCCUGCAAAUUUGACCACUCCAUGAGCUCUUCUUCUUCACUAAGUUACACCAUGUCUGCUUCUCCACUCAGUUACAUGUGCGUCAUGCCUUACCCUCUCAGGUCAUCAUUGCUCCGCACAUUAGCUCCAUUAUCCUCGAAUGACCAGAACACAGAGAUUCACUCUUCGAGCUCCACAUAA